GUGGAACAGUUGCAACACUCCAGUGAGAAAUGGUGACUUUAUACCUCCACAAUCUAAAAUCCUUCGUGAGGACCAGAAUCACAACAUGUAUGUGACAGGAUGCACGGAAGUAGAGGUGAAAUCUACAGAAGAAGCUUUUGAAGUGUUUUGGAGAGGUCAGAAGAAGAGGCGUAUUGCAAACACUCAGCUGAAUCGAGAAUCUAGUCGCUCUCACAGUGUUUUUAUAAUAAAGUUGGCUCAGGCACCCUUGGAUGCAGAUGGAGAUAACGUGCUACAGGAGAAAGAACAGAUCACGUUAAGCCAACUCUCUUUAGUUGAUCUGGCUGGAAGUGAAAGAACAAACAGAACAAAAGCUGAAGGGAACAGGCUGCGAGAAGCAGGUAAUAUUAAUCAGUCACUGAUGACAUUAAGAACAUGUAUUGAAGUUCUACGAGAAAACCAGAUGAAUGGAACAAAUAAAAUGGUUCCAUACAGAGAUUCCAAACUGACUCAUCUCUUCAAGAACUAUUUUGAUGGUGAAGGAAAAGUGCGUAUGAUUGUGUGUGUUAAUCCUAAAGCUGAGGACUACGAGGAAAGCUUGCAAGUCAUGCGCUUUGCAGAAAUGACGCAGGAAGUUGAAGUUGCGAGACCCGUUGACAGACCCCUCUGUGGCUUAACGCCAGGACGGCGCUUUAGGAAUCAGGCCUUCCGAGAGGAGCUCUCAAGGAAACUGGAGAUGAGGGGUGGUCCCAUAAAUGGAGAAACAGAAGAGCAAUCUGUUUCAGAAAUGUUUUUGCAGAACUUUCCUCCCUUGCCUUCAUGUGAGCUAUUGGAUGUUGAUGAUGAUCAAACACUUCCAAAGCUUAUUGAAGUCCUGGAAAAACGCCAUAAACUACGACAAAUGUUGUCAGAGGAGUUUGCCAAAAAUGUGCUUGCGUUUAAAACCGCGCUGAAAGAAUUUGACUCCAGCAUUGUAUCCAAGGAAAACUAUAUUCAAGGAAAACUCUCUGAAAAAGAGAAAACAAUAGCAGGACAGAAAACGGAGCUAGAACGCCUAGAGAAGAAAAUUAAAACUCUGGAAUACAAGAUUGAGAUUUUAGAAAAAACUGCAACAAUUUAUGAAGAAGACAAGCGUCACCUUCAGCAAGAACUGGAAAGCAAGAGCCAGAAAUUGCAACGUCAGGCUUCUGACAAGCGGAGGUUGGAGGCACGAUUGCAAGGCAUGGUGGCAGAAACAACCGUGAAAUGGGAGAAGGAGUGUACCGCAUGGUUUUCUUCACUUGUCUCUGUUCGUGUAGCUGCAAAACAGCUGGAAAUGCAGAACAAACUUUGGGUCAAAGAUGAAAAACUGAAGCAACUGAAGGCCAUUGUCACUGAACCAAAAAAUGAAAAGCCAGAGAGGCCUUCGAGGGAGAGGGACAGAGAGAAGCCUGUUCAGAGAUCAGUGUCUCCUUCACCAGUACCUAACGCACCUCCAGUUCGCCUCAGACACAGACGCUCGCGCUCAGCUGGGGAGAGAUGGGUAGAUCAUAAACCACCUUCUAAUCUGCCCACUGAAACAGUCAUGCAGCCACAGGUCCCUCAUGCCAUCACGGUGGCGGCUGCGAGCGAAAAGGCACUAGCUAAGUGUGACAAGUAUAUGCUGACGCACCAGGAGCUAGCCUCUGAUGGGGAGAUUGAAACCAAACUAAUUAAGGGUGAUGUUUUCAAAACCAGGGGUGGUGGACAGGCUGUGCAGUUCACAGAGAUAGAGACUCUGAAGCAAGAAUCUCCAACUGGCCGAAAGCGAAGAUCAUCCCCUUCCCAUCCUGACCCACCCGAGGAUGCUGCAGACUCUGAAUGGACUGAUGUAGAAACCAGAUGUUCUGUGGCAGUGGAGAUGAGGGCAGGAUCAGCUCUUGGACCUGGAUAUCAGCAUCAUGCUCAGCCCAA